CACAAAACAACCAGAAACAUGACAGUUAAGCAUUUUACUUUAGAUCAGCUACUCUUUAAAUCACUAUGCAGGAAGAUGUUCCUCACCUUAAUUUAAUCAGUUUUAUCCUCUAAUGUGUGUCUGCUUAAGUGUUUCAUGUGGUUAAAAUGACAAAUUAAAAUAUGAAAAGCACCAAUAAAUUACAAUGUCUUUGUUUUGAUAUGAACUGGAACAUUGAUGGAUGAAAAGUCCAUUAACAGAAGUCUGACAGCUCCUCAGCUUUUAACCUUGUUACAUGAUCUUCCUCAGUGGAUGGAGUUGGGACUGAAAAACACCACACACAGCAUGAGAAACCCCACUGGGAUGUUACUCUGUAUGUAAUACAAGCAUCAGGCCACUAGAGAGCAGUACACAGUUGAAUAGCAACUGUUCAAACACUGACUUACAGGACUGAAAAAAGUGUUAUGGGAAGUCGUAAUGGUGAGUCCAACUUUUAACUGCUGCACACGUAUGCCUGAAAUUGUUGAUCCACUGUUUUAACAGCUACAUGCAGUAGCAUCCAUCCACUCUCUUCUGUUUAUCCAAUUCAGGGGCUGGAGCCUAUCCCAGCUGUAAGAGGGCAAGAGAGAGCCUUGAACUAAUUUGUUGAAGCAGGCAUGGAGAGUGACUCUGAAACACACAGUGGUGAAGAUACUACUCCAGAUGACUGGAUGGAAUUGGCUGAUGCCAGUCCAGAUGCCAGUCCAGCCAACAGUCCUGCUGCCACACGGAAACCCUCAGAAAAAGAGGAUUUUAAACUGUCCCUGAUCACCUGGAAUGUGGAAGGGAUUUAUGGGGAAAAACGUUCAGAGCGUGCCAGAGGCCUGGUUAAAUAUUUAAACUUAUACAACCCUGAUGUGGUGUUCCUGCAGGAGCUCAUUCCCUCUUAUGUCCAGUUCUUGAAGAAACGGUUUGUGAGCUACCUGAUGAUUGAAGGUGGUGAGAAAGGUUACUUCACAGGGAUGUUACUGAAAAAGUCACGAGUCAAAUUUGUGGAGAGUGAGAUAGUAGCUUAUCGCACCACCCAGAUGAAUAGAAACCUGCUUGUCGCUCAGGUGAUCGUCAACGGUCAGAAGCUGUGCCUGAUGACAUCCCACUUUGAGAGCUUUAAGGCAAAUUCUAAAGAGCGUAUGAAUCAGCUGCAUGUGGUGAAGCGGAGGUUUAAACAUGCACCUGAUGAUGUCACCGUUGUGUUUGGGGGAGACACAAACCUGAGGGAUGCGGAGGUGACCAAGGUGGGCCUGCCUGCAACUGUCUGUGAUGUGUGGGAGCGACUGGGCAAGCAGGAGCACUGCCGCUACACGUGGGACACCACUACUAACACCAACCAGAAUAUUUCUACAACUGCUCGCUUCCGCUUUGACAGAAUCUAUCUCCGCCCGGCUAUCAGACGUGGAGUCCCUCGUCUGGCCCCUGAUCACAUGGCCUUGGUGGGGCUGGAGAAGCUGGACUGUGGCCGCUACACUAGUGAUCACUGGGGAAUCUACUGCACCUUCUCAGCAGAAUAGAACUACACAAAACACCCAGAAACAUGACAGUUA